ACGAUUUAGUAAAUUUGUUCAAAUAUUUGAAAAUGAAUCUUCUGGAAAGUUGCUUGUUAUUGGUGCUGGUGCGAGGAUUCUGUUUUGCCAAGACUAGCAUUCGCGUAGCACAUUACGGUGAGGAUGUAUCAACAUCUAUCAAUUGGAACGUACUGUAUGAAAAUAUCGGGAAAGAUUUCGAUUUGUUACCUCCAGAAACUCGAAUUAUUAAUAAACGCGAUUUUUUAUCUACAACGCGAAUGUUAUACGAUUCGAUGUCGCAAGACGGAAAGCUCGUCGCUGUUUUGGGAACAGCCAGCGUUAUCGCAUCAUCCAAUUUGGAAUCUGUUUGCUCACAUCUUUGCCUUCCGUACGUGACGGUUAAAAAAAGAAGCAAAAAUCUACACAGCAGUACAUUCAGCCUCUAUCCAGAUUCGGGGUUACUUUCCAAGGCUCAAGCAACCAUAAUAAAAAGUUUCGAUUGGGAUGGAUUUAUUUUACUCUAUGAGGAAGAUGAUGGUCUGCUCAACCUUCAGGAAGUCCUGAAACUUCAAAAUUAUAAUAAAGAUAAACCUAAAAAUAAUAUUCUGAUUAAGCAGCUUGAUCCCGGUUGGGACAACAGGGAAGUUCUUAAAAGCCUCAAAAACUCCACCAUAAGGAGAAUCAUACUAGAUUGCAAUGUCGAAAGAAUCUCUGAGAUACUCAUGCAAGCCGAGGAAGUGGAUAUAUUGUCAGAUUUUUCUACCAGCAUUUUCCUUACAUCACUGGACGCCCAUACUAUAGACUUCACCUUUUUAAAUACUUUAUCAAAUAUAACAACAAUUAGACUGUUUAAUCCAAACGAGCCCAGUUUUCAAUACCGAGUGUUAGCUUAUUAUCCUGAUAUCACGCCAAAUCAAAUUAAGCUGGAAACAGCACUUUUGCAUGACGCGAUGUUAUUGAUUGCCAUGCUUAUCAAUACAGUGAAUGGUGAUAUUAUUAACCAAAAAAAUUACUGCAAUUCAACAAAAAAGUUUGACCAAAGCCUCGAACUAGCUCAUAAAAUACGCAUAUCAAUCCAUGACGGACUUACUGGAUCUCAGAUCGACUUACAUAGUGGAAGGAGAAACAGAUUUAAUUUAGAAAUCAUAGAAGUCAACAAACCUCACAAACCAAUCGCCACUUGGAACUCAAAAUUUCCAGACACCAUUAACUUGAAGAGGAACGCUACUGAGCGGGAGGCCGAAUUACAACGGAGAUUGUCUAGCCAUAAUUUUAUUGUCACCUCUAGGAUAGGCGGUCCAUACCUCUACCAAAGCAAAGAACCUGAUGCUAUCGGUAAUGCUAGAUACUACGGAUAUUCAAUGGAUCUUCUUAAGGAAAUAGCCAUUCUCAUGAACAUAUCAUACGAAUUUAGGAUCACGGAAGGCAAUUUGUAUCCUAAUUUGGCCAGCGAUCUUGUUGAAAGGAGAGCCGACUUAGCCAUAUGUGAUUUUACGAUAACUCCACAAAGACAAGAAAUCAUUGACUUCAGCAUGCCGUUUAUGAAUUUAGGAAUCGGAAUCCUGCAUAAAGUUUCCGACGAGAUAGAAGUCGAUAAUUUGUAUGGUUUUCUCAAGCCUCUUUCGUGGGCGGUGUGGUUUUAUAUCUGGACCUUAAAUUUGAUUAUUUCUCUAGUAAUGUUUUUCGUUGCGAGGCUUGCACCAGGUGAAUGGAAAAGCCCGAAACCAUGGGACCCGAACGUUAAAGAAUUAGAAAAUAUAUGGGAUAUUAAGAACUUCCUGUGGUUAACCUUGGGCUCAAUAACUACACAGGGCUGCGAUAUACUUCCAAAAGCCCCUUCUACUAGAAUCAUUUCCGCAUUUUGGUGGUUCUUCUCGCUUAUAAUUUCGAGCUCAUAUAUCGCGAAUAUGGCUGCUUUUCUCACAAUGUCGAAGAACGUCGAAACGAUUGACAACGUGGAAGAGCUGGGGAAGCAGUCCAAAGUGAAAUACGGUUUAGUUGAGGGGGCUUCCACUGCUGCGUUUUUCUCUACUUCCAACAACAGCCUUUACCAAAAGAUGUGGAACAACAUGAAAAACGAGAAACCGUCAGUUUUUGAAAAAGACAACGCAAACGGCGUUGAAAGGGUACUAUCGACGAAAAAUUCCUUGUACGCAUUUUUUAUGGAAUCUACUGGAAUUGAGUAUGAGCUUGAGAGAAAGUGUAACUUGCGCAAAAUAGGCAACUUGCUAGAUUCAAAGUCCUAUGGAAUUGGGAUGCCUAUGAAUGCUGAUUAUCGAGAUUCAAUAAACGCUGCAGUCUUGACGUUGCAGGAAAAUGGGAGACUCGGAGAACUCAAAGAAAAAUGGUGGAAGCUCGAGAGGCAUGGAAAUCCUUGUCCACCCCGUUUCGUAGGUCGUACAACCCAGCGAUGCACUGAGUUUGGGGAACGUAGGGGGAGUUUUUAUAGUUCUAGUCGUCGGCAUUGCAUUCGCGUACUGCCUUGCUGCAUUGCAAUUCCUAUGGAACGUGCGAAGAGUUUCUGUCGAAGAGAAAAUUCCAUACGCCGAAACGCUGAAAGCUGAGCUCAGAUUUGCCUGCAACAUUUUUUUGAAGAAAAAAGCAGUUAAAUCGAACAAAUCCGAAAAAUCUUCACCAAAUUAGUCACAUAUUAUAUUUAGUUGUUUCCUUUCGGG